AUGUCCGACACAUCACCCUCCUCGGCGGACGAACGUCUACGGACGGCCGUCAUCGCCGAACACCUCCCCGCCGGCUACGGCACCUCCUUCGACGGCACCCGAACCAUGUCCAACCUCGACCUCACCCGCCAAAACUCCAACCCGCUCAAGACCCCGAGCCUCCACGGCAGCAGCAAGGGCAACAGCCAGGGCAACGCCCUUGACGCCGAUGAACCCCAAGAAGUCUCCUCGCUCCUCCUCCCCGGCGGCGACAUCCACCGCGACCUCUACAAGAUCUCCGCCAGGGAACAGGGCGUCAAGCGCUCCCAGACCUUCUCCCACCCGCGCCGCACCGAGUCCGGCCACGAGUCCGACCUCGCCGCCGCCGACAUGCUGAUGCCCCAGGGCUUCCGCCGCCAGUUCGUCAUGCAGAAGCGCGGCUUCACCGCCGCGAACCUGCCCAUCACCCGCAACUUUGUCGAGUUCCUCGACUUCUACGGCGCCUUCGCCGGCGAGGACCUCGCGGACUCGGACGAGGAGGCCAUCAUGUCGGACGACGAGGACGAGGAACAAGGACGCACCGCGCCGACAGAGACGAGGCCGCUCCUCGGCCGCCGGCGGUCCUCCCGCUUCGCCAAGAAGGUCGGCGACGCGAGCACGACAAAGACCUUCUUCACGACGUUAAAGGCCUUCAUCGGCACGGGCAUCAUGUUCCUGCCCAAGGCCUUCAAGAACGGCGGCAUCCUCUUCUCCUCCAUCACCAUGCUCCUCGUCGCCGUCAUCUCCAUGGCCGCCUUCCACCUGCUGCUGCAGUGCCGCACCCGCUACGGCGGCGGCUACGGCGACCUCGGCAAGGAGAUCUCAGGCCCGCGCAUGCGCUCCCUCAUCUUGGCCUCCAUCACGCUCUCCCAGCUCGGCUUCGUCUGCACGGGUCUGGUCUUCGUCGCCGACAACUGGUUCUCCUUCCUGCAGGCCGUCACCAACGGCGCGAACCCCCUCGACUCCACCGCCCUCAUCGCCCUGCAGGCCAUCAUCUUCGUGCCGCUCGCUUUCAUCCGCAACAUCUCCAAGCUCGGCCCCGCCGCUCUCCUCGCCGACGUCUUCAUCGUCAUGGGCGUCGGCUACAUCUGGUGGUACGAUAUCUCCGCCCUCGCGACCCGCGGCAUGGACCCCUCCGUCCGCCUCUUCAACCCGGCCUCCUACACCCUCACCAUCGGCGCCUCCAUCUUCACCUUCGAGGGCAUCGGCCUCAUCAUCCCCAUCCAGGCCAGCAUGAAGAAGCCCGAGCACUUUGAGAAGCUCCUCGCCGGCGUCAUGCUGCUCAUCACCUGCGUCUUCACCUCCGUCGGCGCCCUCUGCUACGCCACCUUCGGCGACCGCACCCAGAUCGAGGUCAUCAACAACUACCCGCAGGACUCGCGCCUCGUCAACGCCGUGCAGUUCAUGUACGCCCUCGCCGUCCUCGUCGGCAACCCCGUCCAGCUGUUCCCCGCCAUGCGCAUCAUCGAGGGCAAGGUCUUUGGCCACCGCUCCGGCAAGAAGGACCUCGUCACCAAGUGGAAGAAGAACGCCUUCCGCACGGCCCUGGUGGCCGUCUGCAUCGGCGUCUCCAUCGCCGGCUCUGCCAACCUCGACCGCUUCGUCGCCCUCAUCGGGUCUUUUGCGUGCGUGCCGCUGGUGUACAUUUACCCGCCGUACCUGCACAUGAAGGGCGUCGCCGAGACGAGGAAGGAGAAGAUUUAUGACAUUGCGCUCAUGACGCUCGGGUUGGUGGGCAUGGUGUACACCACAGCCAUCACCCUGGCCACGAGCUUCCUGUAA